CCAUGGAGGGAGCGUCCACACUGCAGUCAGCGAGGGGCUGCGGCUGGCUCCAGGGUUGUAAUAUUGCCCUGUGGACCUCCGAGGAAGGUCUUUUGCCCUACACUGCUCAGGGUAGGCUGUCGGGGCUCCAGCUGCAAGGCCAAGUCAGCGCCCCGGCUCUGAGACUCGAUUUAUUGACAAAGGUCAUGUUGGAAGCCUGCUGUAUGGUUUUUCUUCUCCUUUUCUGCUAUCAAGUUGCCUCAGCAGAAAUUCACAGAGAAGGACAUUAUGUUGCUGCUGUGUAUGAACAUCGACCCAUACUGAAUCCUAACCCAGCAACCCUGACUGAUCGACGCUCUGCAUUAGAGUUGAUGAGCAGAAACCUAUAUAUAUAUGAAGAGCAAGUAAUAGCUGCAGCCAAACAGGGGGCACAGAUCAUUGUUUUUCCUGAAGAUGGAAUCCAUGGCUUCAACUUCACUAGAGAGACCAUUUACCCCUAUUUGGAGUUUGUUCCAUGUCCCCAGUCUGUGAAAUGGAAUCCAUGCAGAGAGCCACAUUUGUUCAGCGAUACAGAGGUUCUUCAGCGACUGAGCUGCAUGGCACUGAGAAGCAAAAUGUUCCUAGUGGCAAACAUAGGAGCUAAGCAGCCCUGUGAGUAUAAUGAUCCUCUCUGCCCACCUGAUGGGAGAUACCAGUUUAAUACUGAUGUGGUAUUCGACGCCAGUGGAACUCUGGUAGCCAGAUACCGCAAACAAAACCUGUAUUUUGAAUAUGCUUUCAAUACGCCUCCAGAGGUUGAUCAUGUGCUUUUUGAUACACCUUUUGCUGGCAAGUUUGGCAUGUUCACUUGCUUUGAUAUACUCUUCUACGAGCCUGCGGUAAGCCUUAUCAAGAAAUACAAUGUGAAGCAGGUUGUGUAUCCAACUGCAUGGAUGAACCAGCUCCCACUCCUGUCUGCUAUAGAAUUUCAACAAGCUUUUGCAACUGCUUUUAAUAUCAAUGUUUUGGCAGCUAAUAUCCACCACCCUACAUUGGGUAUGACAGGUAGUGGCAUAUACACACCGUUAAAGUCUUUCAUCUACCAUGAUAUGGAAAGUCGUGAUGGCAGACUUAUCGUAGCAGAGAUCUCCGUGAUGACACCAGAGCAUGAACCCCAUCUGGAGAGCAAUGCAGGACCCGGGAAGGGCAUUGAAUACCCCCACAACAAUUUUGCAAGCCUUCCCAUAGAUGAUCGGAUUUGCAAUAAGGAACAAAAGGCCCACUGGUGGGUAGCAGAAAAGGAAGACAAAGAAGCCCCUCUGAUAUUUUACAGGGAGAUGAUGUAUGACAAUUUCACUCUGGUUCUUGUAUGGGGAAUGAAAGGGGAGCUCCAGUGUGGGGAAACCCUUGUCCCAACUGGUUCAGAUCAUAUCAUCAUAGAAAUGACCAUGUUACUGAUAAGAUACUGAUUAGAUGUAGUGAAUCAAAAGUGUGGCUAAACAAUAAAGAACUCCAAAGAAGAUUCAGAGGACGGUGUGGUAUAGAAAAAGCAUGGACUCCCCAACUCUCUUUCCAUAAUACGGAAGGAUCAUAUAUGCAAUAUGCUGUUUCUGCCAUUAAUCAAUAUUUAUGAAAUCCUAACCAAAAAGGUGAUGCUUACAAGGCAACCUAGAUUCUAAACAGUAAUUAAACAAUCACCUAGAUCUUCUUUGUAAAGUGAUUGUAAAUCUGAAUUAUUUACAUGCACUUUGGAAUUAAAAGAACAGCAAAGCCUUUGUAAAAUAAAUUUUAUAAAUUCUAAUAGUUAUUCAACAAAAGAAUCUUUGUAAUUACUGCUUAAGUAUGGUACACAGAUACAAAUAAAUUAUUCAUUACAUACAACUCACAUCUGGGUUUUAUUAUACUCUGUAAAAUAUACAGGAAUCUUGAUGUACUGAAAGAGUGCAGGUAAAUACAGUAUUCAAGCAAUCACUAUUUCUAUGUACAUGCUCAUUAAUUCUUCAAAAAACCCACAAAAUUAUCAAAUAGAUCAAAAUACUGUCCUGUUUUUCCACACUUUAUGUUCAGAAAACCAGCUGAUAAUUUACAAUGGCAUUAAGGUUUCCAGUUUCACAAUACAAAAAGGAUAAAAGGUAAUUGGGAUUCAGUUUAUUUGUAUUUUACCUGGACAUGCAAGAAUCCCUUGCAUGUAUAUAAGCAGUUUCACUUUAAAAGUAAUAGUUCUAGUUAAAGCAGAACCCAAUAAACUAAAUACUCAUUUAACAGACAAACUUCAGUCUUCCAUUUUUCAGGCCCCCCCUGUUUUUUAAACAGUCCGUUAUAAAUAAAAAGACUGAGGGCAAGUUUGUACUACACUACAGGGCCCUGCAUCUUCUAUGGAUUUUUUAAACAGAGAACACCACAGAUCUCUCUUCCUGAAGAUUCAACAUUGUACCUUCUGAUCACAGGGAAACUCUCUUCUAAAUUCACCUCCCCCCGACUCAGAACUCCAGGAUUUAAAAGAAAUACAAUAUGGAGGCACAGACUUCAUCUCACUUACAAACCUAUGAUGUAAAGAAGUGGGUGAAUUGUUGAUCAAUCCAUUCCCUAAGAACUUUCAGUCACAACAGGGUGUCAGGAGAUUUUUAUGCAGUUUCAUUUUCUCAGUAAAUUACCCUUCAUGUAUUUAAAUAAAAAUAUCUCAAUUUAAAACCCAGAAGUUAAAAAUCUAAAACUGUGCAACAAUUACUGCUUCCCUCCCACCCCUCCCCUUGUUUAUUACACUGUACAUGUUUCACCCUGACUGCACCUUGUUAGCUGGUUUGUUUUAAGCAUUAUAAAAGUAUGACAAGUUCAUUUUUGUUUAAUCUAAAAGAAAAAACAAAACUGAAAGAUACAUCUGCUCUCUUUCAUGGUACAUUUAAUAGUGUCAGAAGGCUUUUAGAUUAU